UUUAUUCAUCAAUUUUUUUGUGAAACACUAACGUAAUCACUAGUGCUCACUGCUCAGUAAUACUAACACAAAGUAUUCGAAAUUUCGAUAAGGUGAAGCUGUAAUCAAUUUUAUAUAAAAUGUAUUUUAUUUCUAACGUUGUAAAAGUGACCAUUCCUAACUACCUAGCUGGUUUGCCUAUCCCGGAUUCCUUCGGUGGAUGGUUUCGUCUAAGCUUCCGCGACUGGUUAGCUUUGGUUCCACCAACAUUAGCUAUUGGGGGAAUCUCCUAUGUUUCCUAUCAAACAGUAAAAAAAGCAAGAGAGGCUGGACAAGUCAACCAUCUAGUUAGAAAGGAUUUGAAUAAAGUAGUUGAUUUCAUUGAUAUUGAAGACAUUACUGAAAAAGCUUCCUUAUGUAGAUGCUGGAAAAGCAAAAAUUGGCCAUACUGUGAUGGUGCUCAUGGUACUCAUAACAAGGAAACCUGUGAUAAUGUUGGCCCAGUAGUUGUCCGACACAAGCCACAGCAAUGAACAAACAACACUCUUACUAGAUCCAUAGCCUAGUUCUUAUUUGUGAUAAAAUUGUGAUUUGAACAAAACCAUAAACAUAAUUUAUUUUUCUAAUUAUUUAUGCAUUUUGAGCAUUUGACUAUGGUAAUUGUAUUAAAAAAUCAGGUUUCUAUUUUAUGAUAUUUCUUUUUUCUUAAAAAUUAUACAAUUUUUUAAAUUGUAGUUUAUGGUUUUGAUAAUCUGUGUCUAUAACAAGUAUAUAUAAGUAUAACUGUGAAAAUGUUAUUAUUUUAAUUAGUGUUCCAAUUUUGUUACUUAACCAUUUUAGUAUUGAGUAUUUAGUUGUUAUCAGGUUUUUUUAAUAAAGAUUUUUAUCACUUGUA